UUGGGCACUGGAUCAGACUUCCCGACCUGCUCGCGCGAUCCGUGGCCACUAACGCUGGGCCGUUCCGUCGCCCUCCUCCUUCCGCCCUCCACCCGUUCGACGAAAAAUCUCGACUAUAAAGAUCAUUCGGCAAUCGGCCGCCCGCUUUAGGCGGCGCAGAGAAGAUGCUGAAAGCUUUGGCUCCCGCGCAUGUCUUCCCCCAGCUGCAGACGCCGUGCCCUAGCCUCAUCGUCCGCUCGUCCUCCGCCUCCCGCCGCUCUCCCGGCCGACGCAAGGCUGUCUCCCCGUCCUUCCGCCUCCCCGACGCUGACGCCGAUCGCUGCUCCCUAUGGAGCCACUACCGCGACUCGGUCUCCUCCUCGGGGCCGCGACCCGACGACGAGCGCGCUUCCCCCGCGGAUCCGGCGGUUCACGAGGAGUUGGAUUUGUUCCUCGAGUUGGUCCCGCCUCGGACGAGGAGAGAUCUCGUGCGGCACCAAGAGAUUCGGAAGCUCAUUGAGGUGGUGAUGGAUUUGGGCAGGAAGCCCAUCGCGCGGUUCCCGUCCGGGGAUUGGAUCAUGUCCGAACAGUUUGUUUCCGUCGAAGACCUUCACCAAGCAAUUUCUAAGGUUGGUGACUUUUCGGAUGACAAUCGAUCGGGGAUUGAUCGUUCCUUGCACCGAAUUAGCGCCAUUAGGAAUCGGAAGAUGCAAAUCAUUGGUCUCACCUGUAGAGUUGGUCGGGCUGUAGCGGGCAGUGCAGAGAUGAUUCGUGAUUUAGUGGAAGGUGGAGGUUCUAUCUUAGUAAUUGGGCCUCCUGGAGUUGGGAAGACGACUUUGAUCAGGGAGAUAGCUAGAGUAUUAGCAGACGAAAAGAUGAAACGGGUAGUCAUAGUAGACACAUCCAAUGAAAUCGGUGGUGAUGGAGAUAUACCUCACUUGGGAAUUGGCCGUGCUAGGAGAAUGCAAGUUCCAAAUGUUAGUAUGCAGCACAAUGUCAUGAUUGAAGCAGUUGAGAAUCACAUGCCAGAAGUAAUCAUAAUUGAUGAAAUUGGAACCGAACUUGAAGCUAUGGCAGCAAGUACUAUAGCUCAAAGAGGUGUUCAGCUUGUUGGAACAGCUCAUGGGGUAACAAUUGAGAGCAUAAUAAAAAAUCCAUGCCUACAGGCACUUGUUGGUGGGAUAGAGAGUGUUACACUUGGUGACGAGGAAGCUAGGAAAAGGAAAGUUCAAAAGACAAUCCUUGAAAGAAAAGGACCGUCUACAUUUACCUGUGCUGUUGAGAUGAUAUCCAAAACUGAGUACCAAGUUCAUCACAAAUUGGAAGCUACUGUAGAUGCUAUUUUAGCAGGGAAAUCUCCCCUCUUUGAAACACGCAAGAUGGAUCCCAAUGGUGAUUUAAGUAACUCUUCUCCCGUACCACAGGAGUUUCAUGAAGAGGAACAAUUUAUUAGUUCUAAAAAGGAUGUUUCAAUUGGCAUGCCUUUACUUGAUGAUGCAAAUGCUAAUGCUGGAUAUAACAAGAAAGCUAGAAGUAAUUCAUACACACCAAGGAGAUUGCCAAUUCAUGUAUAUACUUAUAAGAUUUUGGAAGCUGAUCUGCUGCAAGUUGCAACUGUAAUGGGCUAUGAGGAUGAUAUAUGUGCAACUGAUGACAUUGGAACAGCAAAUGCAAUUCUAGCAUCCAGUUUUGAAAUGAAGCAAAAUCCUUGGAUUCGCAGCGUUGCAAAAUUCCACAAGCUUCCCAUAUUCGUGAUCAAAGAGAGUACGAUGGCACAAAUGGUAAAGGCAGUUAAGAUGAUUCUUGGGAUUAAUAGUUUUGGCUCUAGACCAAAUGAAACAUCAACAUUCACGGACGACAUAGAAGUGGAAGAUGAUGCGCCUAAGCGAAAACCUACCUUGGAAGAAAUUGAUGCUCUGGAGGAGGUUCGUAUGGCUAUCGAGUACAUUGUAAUCCCUGGUGGAGAACCCGUAGAGCUCCUCCCCCAAUGCUCUAAGAUAAUUGCUCGCCAACUCGAGCUCGUGGCAAGCUACCAAUUAACCGCAAAGAGGUCAGGAACAGAACUGAACUCAAGGCUGCAGAUUCUUCCUGUGAAGAUCGAUAAGAAAAGCUCAUCUGCCAAGAGCCAUGGACAACAUUCAAGUGAGCAACUGCAAGAAGUGAAUCUUAAUUCACUACCCGGAUGGAAUGUGGGUUCUAGUGUUAUUCGUCUUCCCCUUCUGCCUGAUAAUUAAAAAAAUUCUAAAAUGGUGAAACUUGUGUAGUUAGUUCUACCCCGUCUUGUACAGUACAUGUAUAUAUCAAACUGUGAUGCUUGUUCUUCACAGCAAUGUAAAUUUAUAUCAUUCUUUUAAUGGAAAAUUGCUCGCAUGUUAUCCA